UAAGCAAAAAAAUCUGCCAGUGAUGUGCAUUGAUUGGUGUAAUAUUCCUCAUCUUAUGAUUUCAGAUGGUCUGCAAUGCUGACUGUGUGAUCAGCAAUGUUGUGGCAAAAUGGCCUGGCUCAGUCCAUGACUCCAGAAUCUUUCGGGCCUCUGAAAUCUAUCAGUGCCUAUCACAAGGUGAAUUCUCUGGUGUGUUGCUGGGAGACAGGGGGUAUGGCUGCCAGCCUUUUCUCCUGACACCUUUCACAGACCCCCAGGAAGCACAGCAGGCCUACAACCAUACCCAUGCCAGGACCAGGGCCAGAGUUGAAAUGACCUUUGGCCUCCUGAAGGCACGCUUUCACUGCCUUCACAAAUUAAGGGUCAGCCCUGUUAGGGCAUGUGAUAUUACUGUGGCUUGUGCUGUCCUCCACAAUGUGGCCUGCCUGAGGAAGGAGAGGGCCCCCAGAGUGCCACCAGCCAUGGACUGGGACAAUCCGGCAAUCUUCCCUGAUGACGACAGUGGUCGGCUGCUGAGGGACCAAUAUGUGUUGAAUUAUUUUAGUUAGUAUGUGUGCUUUCAAUUUUGGUUAAAUAUGUCCUGCGGUGGCAGAGGAAUUUUUUUGGGUUCGUUUUUUUACGAAUUUGGCCUCUUAUGAUGUUUGUGCGGUAUACUGUGUGUAAUACAAGGCUGCAGGGAGGCUACUGCAUCCAUUCAUUUGUCUGUUCAGUUGAUGUGUAUGGAUUUGUCCUGCAUUUAUUUUAGUGUGCAGACAUGCAGGGUGUGUUAUAUACAGACCUUUGAAUGUGUAUGUAUCAUUUUGUAUAAUAUGCUUGGAUUCUGUGCUUUCCAUCUUGUAGAGUCACUGUGACUUCAGUUUCGAAAGGAGCUGAUGGUUUACCUGCUUUGUUUUGUCCUUAUUCAAUAAAGGAACAUAAUGUUACACAUUGUGUUUUUAUAUUCAUAUGGAAUGUGUAUUUGUUUAUAUGACAGAGUACUAGGGCCACACUGAAGAAAAAAGGAUAAAGUCAUAAAUUUAUGAGGCUGGUUCUUUCUGCAGAAAAGCUACAUAUUGUUUUUACAGUUUUGAUACUUAUGACAAUGUGAUACUUAAUAUUCUGGCACAUCAGCAUGUCUUUGUUUAUGAAACCAUACUGAAGUACAAUUUCACGAAAUGCCCCGCAUCUGUCAUUUUAACAACUGUCCUCCUUUAAAACAACUGGUUACAAUAUUAUGACUUGUCUUUUUUUUCCCUCUGUGGCCCUAAUAUUCUAUCAUUUUAUAUAUAGUCUAUGGGAAACUGUAAAUUAUCUAAUGAUAGCAACAUCUAAA